AUGAGCUCACAGACACUCCGCUCGCUAUCGCGAGCGAGGCCAGAGCUGGGGAAUGCUGGAUAUGCCCUAAGAGGCUACUUCCGCCAGUUCUCCACGACGCAAUCGCAGUUUGACGAGACCCCCAGCGUCCCCAAUGCCAAACCUUCGGCUCGACAGCGAACCCGUGCGGCGGCCAGCGAAAUCAAUGCCCUACAAAAGAACCGAACAAGCAGCCAGGGGACCCCCAACCCUACAGGCUCUUCAGCGGCGCCGGCACAGCCCCGAGUAAUCGAUGUGCGGAGUCUUCCCAGAGGAGGAACGCUUCGGGGGCGGGGUGGACUGCGAGGACGAGGCGGCAGCGGGCAGAACGCAGCAGCUACGGGACCCCGAACUGCUUCACCGAGCGGAAACCGAUUUGCGGGUGCGAACAGAGGGAGGACGUCUGCGAUCGGUGCCGGACGGGGAGGACGAACUGGUGGUGGCGCUACACGAGGAGGAAGAGGUGGGAGGACCGGUGGUAGAGGUGGAGCGGCAAAGGCCAAAGAAGGCGGCGACAACAAGGCUGCUGCUGGUGCUGGCGCGCGGGGAAAGAGACAGGAUCCCUUUGAGAGAAUGGACCCCCAGGAGCAGCAGUUUGACGACGCGAUGCGAUUCGGCACGAAGACGACGUAUGCGCCUUCUUUGACCAAAGAGGGCCUGGCGGCGUUUGUUCCUGCGAUGCCUUCUACACGGGAGAGCCGCUUGGCUGCUGUGAUGGAGAAUUUGAAUAUUCUCGGUGGAAGAGCUGAUCCCGUGGGUGUGCCGCAGGGAUUGCAGGCGAAGAACUAUGCUGAUGAGGUGGAGGCCAAUGGGGCGCGGUUCUUUGCGGAUGUGAAGGCGAGGGAGGCGGCGGAGGAGUAUCUGCAGGAGAAGAGGAGGCUGGACCAGGAAUUGGCGGCAUCGUCAGCUGAUGAGGGAGCCAAGGUUGCCGCAGGGGAGCAAAAGACUAUUAUCCAGGACGCCGAGGAGUCCAUCAAGAAGACGAUUCUGGAUUCUGUCGUCGAGGGCAAGCACGAGAAGCCUGCGUUUGCGACGGAUCCCGUGGGGAUUUCGAGGUCGUGGCAUCUGAGGGCGGGUACGUAUACGCAGAGGGAUGUGGAGAGCUUUGAGAAGAAGUUGACGUCUUUGCUGGGCGCUGCAGGAGCUGCUGGUGCUAAAGGCGGCGCUGCUAAGGGUGGGAAGAAUGUGAAGGCGAAGGCUUGA